AUGUUACUUUAGAAUAGGAUCUUUAACAAUUAAUUCUCUGUUUAGAAGAAAUUAUCUGCUGGCUCUUUUGGAAUUGUAUUCCUAGGGUUAGAUUAGAGUACUAAACAAGAGGUGGCUAUAAAAGUAGAAAGAGAAGAAAAUGAAGAUGUUCGAUCAUUGGAUAGAGAAGUGUAAAUUUUCAAACAUUUGGGUGGUAUAGAUGGCAUACCUAAAUUAAUUUGGUCAGGAGAAGAAUAUGGUUAUAAUGUAUUAGUUAUGUAACUGUUGGGCAACGACUUAGCUUAUCAUUUUAAACAGUUGAAGCGCUUUACACUGAAGACUGCUUUAUUGAUAGCAAUACAAUUGAUUGAUGUAUUGGAAAAGCUGCAUUUCCAAGGUGUAAUUCAUAGAGAUCUGAAGCCAGAGAACAUACUCUUAGGUUCAGGCAAAGAUAAUGGUAAAAUUUAUCUGCUCGAUUUUGGAAUCAGUAAAAUAUACAGGGAUUGCAAUAACAAGCAUAUUCCCUUUAGAGAACAUAGAUCAUUUUUGGGGACUACUCGGUAUGCAUCUAUUGCUGCUCAUCUUGGACAUGAAUUAAGUAGGAAGGAUGAUUUGGAGUCAAUGAUGUACAUCAUCUUAUACUUUAUUAGAGGAUAGCUGCCUUGGCAAAAUAUGUAAAAUGUUACUGAUGAUGAAAGAACGAAAAAGGUUGGUGAGAUGAAAAUACUCUUACAGUAGGAAAUAUUUAGAGAUUAGCCUAAAGAAUUUCAAAAGAUAUUUGAUUAUAUACGUAAAUUACAGUUUUAGAGUGAGCCAAAUUACAAGAUGAUUACAUUUGAGCUAAAAAAAGCAGCUGAAUCUUUAAAAUUAAAUCUUGAUGGAUUCUAUGAUUGGAGUGAGAUUAGAUCUUCUACACAUUAUGAUUCUUUGGUCCCUCAUAACAGCAUAGAAAUGAAGAAAUCAAUUGAGAAAUAAUUGUCAGGCAUUUUGAAUCAAUAAAAGUAAAGCCAUGUUUGCUUAUUGUAUAGUACUAAUCAAUUAUUGGCUCCACCUCCGCAAUUCUCAAGUAGAAACAAUCUUAAUGGAAGAGAAGAGAAUAAAAAACCCACAUUGGCUUCCUUUUAAGGUAGUCUACUUUGA